UUUUUAGAGGACGGAAAUAGAUUUGUGACAGGCCUUUGUAGGCGAGAGAUGAAAUCCAGCAGUUUCCACCGGGACCAGAGGAUGCGGUAGUAGAGCAGGUACGCCUGUCAUUGCUUGUGGCGACGCUAUCGGUGCAGCCAACGAUCAUUGGUAGCAUUAUCAUUCACCGAGGUUUGUUCCACAGAACCGACCGCGAAACGAACGAGGUACUCUCCAGGAGGGUAGACCCCCUCGAGUAUGAAGUAGAGGCUGGUUCGUCAACAGAGUCACCAGGGCUCAUGAAGGAAAAUCCAACAGUGACGCUGAAGGUACGGAAAAUAGACUACUGUAGUAGACAGAAGAGGGCAACAGAGAAAAACAGGUGUACCGCAAUGCUCCAUUCUGAGUUCGGUGUUGUGGAAUGGCAUGUAUGACGAUGUGUUCAAACGGUGAUUGUGGGCUUUCCAGGUGAUCGAAGUCUACGGCGAGUCAAUCAACAAGGUCGCGUUGAAGGCGGCGCUAUCCAUACGUGUAGUGGAAGAUUGUAUACACUCCAGAAAACUGAAGUUAGCGCAGCAUAAACGGAGGUCAUCGUAGUGAAAGACCGUAAAUCGGAGACGUCGAUUAGUGCUGGUUAAUACACUAUCGUCUCAAAGCGAUCCUUGAAGCUCCUGGUGGUGAUGGUCGAUAAGAAGCUCACGUUUGGGAGCCACGUCGACCUUCGGGAGCCACGCCAGUAGAAAGUUUCAAAGCCUGGGGAUCGCAUGCGCGUAUCAAACCGUGUUAUACGAGGCAAUAUGCGUCUUGGUUGGUCUGGCCUAUCAGCAUCAUCAUUAAAGAGGACGUAGGGUGCUUCGACCAACGAGACACAAGAGGUGUACGUAAUACCAGAGGAUCAUCUUCGAUGGAUGGCUCGUUUCUACUAAAGGUAGAUGAACACAUUGACUCAUCCCGGCGAUAUCGGGAAGGAUCGAGAAGCGUCAUGGAGAAGUUAGCACAGAUCCUCUCAGGCCAUGGCUGCUUCAGGCAUUACCCAUAGGUCACCCAUGUGUCCACAAUGUAUGGGUGUGGGGAGAAUGUGUGACGACGAGGCACUGCUCUUCAGAGCAGUCAGUGCGGCUGCUUCCCAGCCCUCGCGUUGCUAGGCAUCAAUCAACGGAUCAACCAUCGAAAUGCCAGUGUAGCUAGCUCUAUGUAGCUAGCUAACUGGUUACAAAAAAUGCAUGUUGCGUUAAAGAGUUUUUCACACAUUCCAACUCCGAUAGUCAUUCUGUAUUUCAACUACCAGCCAGCGCAUACAAGUAGUCCAGUCCUUUUCAGGGCUCAACAUGAUAAAUUUCACUCCGAAACGAUUCUUCGCGGCUACAUGUUGCUUCAAGCUGUUCGAUACCAUCCUAAACUUCACUUAUCGUUCUCACGUCUAUCUCGUCCAAUGUGCCAUUUAGGUGUUCACCGCUCACCGUACGUUCAUUCGUUAAAAUACUCUUAUCUUCAUCCCGGCACAUUUCGGCUGUAAGCCGUCGCGUGAUACAUUAUUCGUAAAUUUUCGGAUUUCCAGCAAUUACAUCCAGAACCAAUGACCAUAACAGUUUCAUGGCACCAUGUGUUUGUCGUUGAGAACAAAAAACCAUGGAUGGAAUUGGUUUUACGUUAUAUAACUUGAAAGAAAGACAAAAUGGGACAAAAUAUGCGGGUACAUUUCAUAAGUACUCGCAUAUUUUGUCUCAUCACAUAUAAAUUCAACCAGCAACCGACAGUAUCAUUGGCAACGUAGAUUGUACUACAGAAAAACAACAUUAGUCUAGUUAAUUAAAUGACAUUCUUCCAUAUGCCUAAAAUAAUCCGAUAUACACUAAUCUGGAGCAAAAUUAUAUGUUUGCAGUUUGUACCACUAUGCAGUGGGACUGUAAUGCGGGUACUUUCAAUAUGGGACAAAAACAACUUGGUAUUUUUUUCAUGUUUUUCCAUACAAAAGUAUCAAUUUUAAUUUUUUUUCCAGAAAAUAUGAUAACAAUUAAGUCGAUUCCCGAUGAUAACUCAAAAGUGACCAAAAUCAGUAUGGGACAGACAGAUGAGUUUGCUGUUAUAUGUAAAAUAGUCUGUUUUGUUUAUUUUCAAAGGUCUUUCAUACGUCCAGUAAACCUAUUCCUUGUAGAACAAAAUGAGAAUCAUUAAUAAUAUUUAACAUAUCUGAGAUCGUAGAUUGCUUCGUGCAAACUGAUUGAACUUUUUGAUUGAUAGUUUUAAAUUUUUGGAGUUUUAGUACAAACAUAUAUCAAGGGCAAUUUUGUUUUGAAAACAUCCUAGAUACAAUUUUUCAUGAACUGUUACCCAUUAUAUAUCAUAACACACUGCUGGUAAAAUUACAAGGCCCACAAUACUCUGGUCAACAAGUAGUUUGGACCAUGUCUUUAAAUGGCUGGUUUUGUCUAGAUAUCGAUUGUCCCGUUACAAUGUCAAUCAUAUGGAUGGGCACGCUGAAGUUGGCGUUAAUUAUUUCUGGAACAUGUGUAGUUAUAAAAAGGUACCUCGACCCCCGAUUCAACAGAACUCUUACAGUCGAAGAAGUGUACAAAGACCGCGACCAGUUCGCCGCACUGGUGCGAGAAGUCGCAGCGCCUGAUGUUGGCCGCAUGGGGAUCGAAAUCCUGUCGUUUACCAUCAAGGAUGUGUAUGACGACGUUCAAUAUUUGCAGUCGUUGGGCAAAGCACAGACGGCCAGUGUCAAGCGAGACGCAGACGCCGGCGUUGCAGAAGCAAACAGAGAUGCCGGAAUACGGGAAGCUGAGUGCGAAAAGAGCGCAAUGGACGUGAAAUAUUCGACGGACACAAAAAUUGAAGACAAUGCUCGAAUGUAUAAACUCCAGAAGGCUAAUUUCGAUCAGGAAAUCAACACUGCGAAAGCUGAAUCCCAACUUGCGUAUGAGUUACAAGCAGCUAAAAUUCGCCAAAAGAUUCGUAACGAAGAAAUUCAGAUCGAUAUAGUAGAACGCCGUAAACAGAUUGAAAUCGAAACGCAGGAAAUUGCUCGUAAAGAAUGUGAAUUAUCUGCCACCGUAAAGCUUCCGGCGGAAGCUGAAAGCUACCGUGUUCAAACCAUUGCGGAAGGUAAGCGUACGCAAACGGUUGCGAAUGCCAGAGCAGAAGCAGAACGGAUCAAAAAAAUCGGUGCCGCCGAAGCAGAAGCGAUAGAAAUGAUUGGCAAGGCCGAAGCCGAACGGAUGCGGAUGAAGGCCAAUGUUUACAAACAAUACGGAGACGCUGCUAUUAUGAAUAUAGUGCUCGAGUCACUGCCAAAGAUCGCCGCCGAGAUUGCCGCUCCUCUGGCGAAAACCGAAGAAAUAGUAUUAAUCGGUGGUAACGAUAAUACGACCGCUGAUGUGACGCGUCUCGUGGGUCAGCUACCGCCAGCGAUAAACGCGCUUACUGGAGUGGACCUGUCAAAAGUAUUAGGUAAAAUACCUGGUGCGAAAGCAUAAUAAAUACAAAAUUCAAGCAUGCAAUGAUCGCAAUUGUUGAGCCGUAAGAUGUUCUAGCAAAUCGUUAAAAAAGGUAUUCAAUUACAAUAUUUUCAAAUUUUAGUACACAAUUCGUACUCAUGUUUGUCUCCGAGUAACAGAAAAACAACACCAUUUGGUUUACCAAAUAUUCUCAAUUCAAACCACCUUCAUGCUUGACCCUUUUCAUCCAAAUUUAUACUAUAAUCAAUAAAAAUGCUAACAUAUCCGGAUAACUGAAUUGAGCGGUGUAACUCAAACUAAUAAUUACAAUUUUACACACAUUUUAACCACGAUUUCGAAGAAGGGUUUACGCAGAAGAUAACAAGAACAAACUCAACGGUUCAGCUUUUGUUUUCAAUCAAACACUUCAUUCACAAAUGUCCAGCCGCCAAAAUAUUAACCAAAGGGAAAUGGUUCCGGCAGUCGACCAUGCAGUAACAAAGCAAGUCCAUGUUUUGGCUUUAAAGCACCUUUCAUUUCCGUAAGCAGUGAGUAGGAUUCGAAAUAACAAUGAUAUUCAUAAAGGUUCACAUACCUACAUCGGAUGUGUUACUCUGUUCUAGAACAUGUAAAUUGAUAUUAAAAGCAACUUCUCGAUAACUAGUUUAAAGAAUUCAACGUACAUAUAUAUUACUAUCUAAAACGAAUUACGACUGCCAUUGCGGUAUGAACCAAAGUAUAAAUCGCCUUCUUCAAAUGCGUGUGUGCAUUUUUGUACGUUUAUAGUUCAUUUGUAUCCUUGAUGCAUGUUUUGUUUAAUGUAAACUCAACGUAUAUGAAAUAGGGUAUGUACGGUCACAAAAUGAUAAGUUCGAAACGUUUAACACAAAAAUCGUUUAUUACCGUUCAAAACCUUUAGUUUCUAGUUAAUCCGACAAAUCCAAUUGCAAGUGGAUUGGAAGUCAUUGUCAAUUCGAUCAACAUUGCCCUAACGAAUUCGGCGAUAGCUAAAUGUUUGACUCCUCGAAAGAACUGUUCAAUCAUCAUCAAAAGAUCACCAAUAUACAAACGCAGCAUCGCGAUCAUGUUCGGUCACCGAAAUGUGACAACGAUACAGCAAAAUUUAUUCUCGUCGGUUUUUCGUAGACAGGUUGCACAGUGUGACCACCGUAAGUCUAUGUUGCAUUUUAUACACUCACAGUUUGAAGUCAUUAUCCGGUAAAUCAUAUUUUUAAAUCUAAAUUUUAUAACUGUAACAAAUUCCGUUUAUUACACCGUUUCUGUAGUGGUGUCGAUUACCGCAUCUAAAAUGUAUUUUGAUGGCACAAAACUAGGGUGGCCACCCAACUCUCUCCCAGCGAGUAAAACCAUAAGUUUGUAAUGGUUCUCGCUGUUUAUGCAUUUUUACAACCCUGAUAAAUAAUUUCGUUGGGACGGAGAAAAUUUACAUUCGACUGGAGAACCAUAAAUUACCUCCCACGCUCGAAAAGGUGGCACUCUACACAAAAAUACUACCAGUAACGAUGUCAGUAUACCGUUUUUAGUUGUGGCCAAACUUGUGACACAUGAAGCAACUGCAUUAUUAUCCUUCUUUUAUUUUUAUAGUUAAACUGACUCAACAUUUUUUAACAAUUCUCGAAGCCAACUCGUUGAAUCUUAUUGAAUGUCAUAGAAGACAUUCGUGUAAGACGCCAAUUCUUCCCCUGUAUACAUUCUAAUUUAGCUGAAAGUCGAUAGCUGUCAGUAUCCUUAGACUAGCGGAAACAAAUAAUAUGUACAUCUCUAUCAAAAUCCACUGGCUUAGUAAACUAUUGUAUCACACAUCUAGAGAGAGAAAAUAGCGAAUCAAAAAGGCUUCGGUGAAAUUUCUUUAAUCAAAAAACCCAAAGAAAAAUCGCAGAUUCAAUUAUUCAGCAUUUUUUAAAAGCCAUCAAUAGCCUUGCUAACACACAAAUCGUCUUAUAGCUGAUAAGUCUAGAAAAAAUACCACUUUCGCCGUUGCAUUAUUCCUGCUUGUAAAGAAAUACGACUAUGCAGCUUUAAAAAGCCAACAUGUGUGGCAUGUUCGCUUGCUCUAUCCGCAUAAAUAGUUUCUUUCUUCUUCUUAUGCCACGCAAAACCUCUAGAAUCGUACAAAUUCCUCGAUCUAAAAGUUUAGUAAAUCAUUACACUGUUGUCAUCUCCAGUGCACAGCAUAUAGAAUCGAAAUUAUACUGAGUCCUAGUGCAAAUUCACGACAAACCGAGUUCACAUCCAGAAGAAGGAAACAUAACUAAAAGGUAAACCUAACUGCAGAUACAAAAUGUAUAUUUUUAUACUACUUAUAUAUAUUGAGCUAGGCGAAGGAAAUCAAUAUACAAAUGAAUGAUAUUAAAAUCAUAUUUUUGAAGUCGUGUAGAGCUAGAAAAUAUUCUAAUGGAAUAAAACUGCAAAAGGUGUCGGAACGCAUCAAGAUCAGUUAGCUUUUCUGCUUGUUCAGCCAGAUUUAAAAAAAAAACUAUAGUUUCACGUUUCUCGCUGUUAAACGUCUGCGAAUCAACCAACCAAUAGCAACCGUUUUAUUUAUCUUUCAAUAAGUAAGAUGUACGAAACUGAACCAAAUGUUACUACAUUUUUAAAUCACCUAAUUUCGAACUAACACCAACACUAUAUAUUAUAAGUUCUACAAUGUGGAGGGUGAAUUUUUAUCUUUAAACAUAUUUGAACAAAAGUUAACCUUUAAUGAUAGGAAUAAAGAAAAACGCAAUGGAUCAUGCAGAAGGAAAUUUCCAAACGAAAUAAAAAAUCCAGCAAACUAAUUAUAACAAUAUUCAAACUAUAAUCCUUCCCAAGUUAUGCCACUUCUUGAUUUUUCUUUUCUUUGAAGUGUGUGAAUGUGUUCCAAAAUGAUCGAGCAAAUUGUGUAAUCUUGUAAAAACUCACGUACAUGUUAACCUACACGAAACUUAUUUCUGACCAAAGUAAACAAUAUUUAAUCACAGUCAUCAGCAACCAGUGGUUAGUUUCUAAAAAUAAGCGUUGACGAUGUAAAAGAAAUAAAACUUUUAGUAAAUAUAUGCAGAAAAUGUGUAACACUCUGAUGAUUUAAAUAAAGAAAUAUGUAAGCGGUAUGAAUGAAACAA